CGCGCGCCAAUUACCCAUGCACGACGACUAGGAAAGCCACCGAAGCAAGCGUACCUUGGUGCCGUGCGUGCGUGCGUGCCAUCAAUCCACCAUCCAUGGCCAUGAUCCCUCCGCCGUAAGCACACACCAAAAGCAUCGCGCGCGCGCCCAACCAGCCUUUUUAUAGCGCGAGCUCUUUGUUUAGCCAGCGAUUCCCAGCUCUUAAUACCGCGUCGUGCUGCGGGCGCCUCCUUUCUUUUCCUCCUCCCACCUCCGGCCGCACCGGGGCGUGCAUGGGCGCCGCGGCGCCAUGACCACGACGACGGCCUCCAUGAACGUGGCGCCGACGCAGCUAUGCGGCGGCGGCGCGCGUGGCAGGGCCGGCCGCCGGCGCAGGCCGGCCGUGCUGCGGCUCGACCUGCGGUGGGCGCGCCUGCUCCGCCUCGCCGUCGCCACCAGGGUCGUGCGCCUCGUCUGGGACCAGCUGCUCGCCUGCUCCUCCUGCGGAGGGGGCGGUGGCGGCCAGUACCGCCGCCUCGGCCCGCCGCAGGCCGGGGACGUGCUCACCCCCGUCCCGCUCGACGACGAAGGCUUCCCGGCGCCCGACGCCGACGCGGUGGACGCCCAGGACGUCGUCGGCCUCAAGGUCAGCUUGCUCGGGGAUUGCCACACCGGCAAGACCAGCUUCAUGGUUAAGUAUGUCGGAGACGGGGAGGAGCAGAACGGGUUGCAGAUGACGGGCCUCAAUCUCAUGGACAAGACGCUGGCGGUUCGGGGCGCUAGGCUCGCCUUCAACAUCUGGGAUGUUGCAGGAGACAGCCAGUCCGCCGACCACGUCCCGAUCGCGUGCAAGGACGCCGUGGCCAUCUUGUUCAUGUUCGAUCUCACCAGCCGGUGCACGCUCACCAAUGUCAUAGAUUGGUACGAGAGGGCAAGGAAGUGGAAUAAGACGGCUAUUCCAAUCCUAAUCGGAACGAAGUUUGAUGACUUCGCUCAGCUUCCUCUUGAGAUGCAGUGGACCAUCGUUAACGAGGCCCGAGCAUACGCAAGAGCGAUGAAGGCGACCCUCUUCUUCUCGAGCGCGACGCACAACAUCAACGUGAACAAGAUCUUCAAGUUCAUCACGGCCAAGCUCUUCAACCUUCCCUGGACGGUGGAGCGCAACCUCACCGUCGGCGAGCCUAUCAUAGACUUCUGAUCACAACUGACCCCAGUACUAGAUACACAAACACGGCCCCACGCCAUAGGAGGAGGCCCUUCGCCCCUCCUUCUCCAGCUACUAACCAAGCUCUCGCCUCUCGAUCGGUGUCUGGUCGAUCGAGGCUGUCAGGCAGGCAGGAAGGCAAGAUGCGCAGCGUUGUACAAUGUACAUAGGUGUAUGUUGAGGUGCAUCCCUCCCUUCUCCUGAAGAGGUAACCGCGAGAUGUCCGUCUCGCAUCCCUGUAUGUAUAGGAGGAAUCCAUGUAAUAUACACGCCCCUUUUUUCCCCUCUUGACAGGGCUUUUAUAUAUGCAAAUAGUACCUAGCUUAGUGGCAA